AUGAAGUCUGUAAACACCAUUAUUCUUAUUGUUGGUCUCCUGCGGGCAGAGAUUUGCCGUGCAUACUACAAGGAUGAUUGCAAGGAAGAGAUUGAGCUACUUGAAUCUUUAGGUUCCGAAAUCUGGCUAGAGACCAAAUGUACUACUGACCAGCCGAUGGGACCUCCCUGGGUCUGCGGGUGGCUUGAUAUCAAUCACUGCAUCGGCCUUAGCGCUGAUAAGAAACUCAUUUACCAGAAAGACGGAAACUUUGGAGAACAUUGUCAAGGCUGCGGGUUCUACGAAGAUGACCCCACAGUCAUGACUUGUGAAUGUCUCCUCAGGACAGAUCCAAACGGGGUCCAAGUCUGGGAAGCGGCUGAGAUUGACACCGACUACAUUAUCAGUACUGAUCGCGCGACGGGCUUCACCAAGUGUUUUGACUACACGGGAAAGAAGUGCCCCACCCCUCCAACUAUCGCUUAA